AUGACAUUUACACGCAAACUAGUUUUUUAUACUGGGCGGAAUAGAGAAUGUCCGGGAAAAGAACUGGAACAAGACGUGGAACAACCACUUGAGUUCAACGCCACACAUUUUACUGAUCCAUUUGUAUUUGAUAAUGAACAGUUAAGCAAAUAUGAACUAAAACCAGAGGAUACUUCUACUACUACUACUACUAUUCAUCACUCGACAUCGACCAGAUUUAUUCAAUGUUCCAAUGAUCGUUUACAACUAUUACAAUCACUUUGUCCAUCAGCAGCUGCUGCAACUAUACUCUUAGGUAAACCAAUACAUGAUGUGAAUGACAAUGAUGAUGAUGAUGAUAUGAAUCAAAAGCCAAUACUUCCAACGAAUAAUAAUCUUGACAAAACUCGUGUUCUUGUCACAGCGAAUUCAUGGUGUCCAUUGUCAUUACGAUCAAAAGAUCCAGAAUCUCAAUUAUUGAUCAAUUCAAUUUACAAAGAUAAUAAUAAUAAUAAUAAUAAUAGUUGUAGUAGUAAUAGUAGUAGUAAUGGCAAUAGUCCUACCAAGACAACUAUACCAAAGCAAACACCAUCGUCUGCGACCGUUGUACCAGAACCUACCAUUCGUGGUGGAACAUUGGAUGGAUUACUGAUAUAUGCAUUACAUUUAUUGCAGAUGCCGAUAUUAAGUAAUGUUUAUCAUUAUCUUUUUUUCAGUGUUAACUAUUCAUAUCUCAACCAAAUUUUGAGUUGA